AUGGACUCUUCUUCUCCUCAACCAAACCCUUCUCUCCCAAUUGAAGACAAACCCACCCAACAACACCUCUCAACCCCCACUAAAUCCCUUUCGCCCCCCGCAAACUCCACCACCCACCUCGACGCGCCGCCGCCCGAGUUGCCGGAUUCUUCCGGACUGCGACGCCGCUGCAGAACCCGGGCACCCCAAACUGGCUCCCCGAGGAACCCUCGCAAACCGAGACGACGCUUCGAGCUCGAGGUUCGAGAAGAAAAGGACUCGGGGUUGAUCGAAGAGGUUGGAAAACAACCCAGGAAGAAAAGACAAACCGCGCGAACUAAGAAGGAGAAAGUUAACUCUGUUCCACCUUCAACCUCAUCUCCAAAAAGUGAAGAAGAGAGUGGCGGUGAUUUCGACCGAGUUGGGCAGAUGGUGAAUGAUUUGAUCAUGUGGAAAGAUGCGUCGAAGUCAACGUUUUGGUUUGGGUUUGGGUCGCUUUGUCUCUUGUCAUCUUGCUUUACUCAAGGACUGAGCUUUAGCAUUUUCUCUGCCUCGUCGCAAUUGGGGAUUCUCUUAUUGAGUGUUUCGUUUUUCUCCAAUUCGAUUUGUCAAAGAAAUAAAGUUGAAGAAAAGAGAGAAGUCAAGCUGAGAGAAGAUGACAUUUUGCGUCUUGCAAAGUUAGGUCUUCCUGCACUGAAUUUUGCAAUUUCAAAGAUGAGAGCGCUGUUCUCAGGAGAACCAUCCAUGACCCUCAAAGUAGUUCCUUUCCUUCUACUAGGAGCAGAGUACGGCCACUUAAUUACUAUCUGGAGGCUGUUUGCCAUUGGAUUUUUUAUCAGUUUCAGUGUUCCAAAGCUCUAUUUUUGCUACAGUGCUCAGAUAAAUAAGAGAGCUGAGUGCUUGAAAUUAUGGUUGUUGGAUGCAUGGAGUGCUUGCACUCACAAGAAGAAAGUUUUGGCAUCAGUACUAAUGGCCUUCUGGAAUCUAUCUUCAAUAAAAACUCGAAUCUUCACAAUUUUCAUAUUGCUCGUACUAUUCAGAUAUUUAAGGCAGCAUGUGACACUACAAUCAGAAGAUGGAGAAGCACAAGUAAAUGAGAAGGAACAGCAGAAAGCACCUGUGCUUGCAGAAUCAGAGAAGAAGGAACCACAACAAGCAUUAGUGGUUAGGGAAGAAGGGUGCCAAAACUAG